AUGGAUUCACAAUUUGUAGGAGAUAGAGGUUCUUUAGACUUAAAUGAAAUAUUGCCUUCAGUGAAGGAAGAAACGGAGAAUAUUCAAAAUGAAAAGAGGUUAAGUAAUGCACAAGCAGAUAAAUCUGCAUCUGCAAAGCAGCAGAAUGAAUUUGUGAGAAAAAUAUAUAGUAUAUUAGAGGGAGGAGAGUAUCCAGAAAUUGUAACAUGGACAGAAGCCGGUGAUAGUUUUGUCGUUGUAGAUACAGGUAAAUUUACCUCUCAAAUAUUGCCAAAUCAUUUUAAGCAUUCAAACUUCGCAAGUUUUGUUCGUCAGUUAAAUAAAUACGACUUUCAUAAAGUAAAGAGAACUCAAGAAGAAAGAAAAGUAUGGCAAUACGGUGAGUUAAGCUGGGAAUUUAAACAUCCAUUGUUCAAAAGAGGACAAGAAGAAAAUUUAGAUAAUAUUAAAAGAAAGAUAGGAACACAAAAGAAGCCAACUGAUAGAAGCUUAGUACUGAAAAAUACCGAAGGACAAGAGUAUGUUUUAGAUACAGAGGCUUCAAUGAAUUUGUUGAAAAAGAAAACCGUUAGUAUAGAUGCAUUUAAUAAAGUUAAAAAGAAAGUGGAUUUUUUAACAAGAGAUUUAGAAGACAAUAAUAAAAGGUAUUCACAGCUUAAUGGAGAAUUCGAAAAGUUGAACAACAAAUAUUACACAGUUCUGGAAAGUUUAUUAACAUUUAAGACUGCAAAUGAUACUUUAGUGAAUAAAUUCAAUACCUUAUGUACUUCUAUAGCCGACCAAGGAAUCAAAUUACCAGAUAUGAUACAGUUUAGUGUAAAUUCGCCGCAAAGAGAACUAGAAUUAACAACUUCAGGAAUUUCUAACCCACAGUCUGUCCAUAACGAAAUAAAUUUGGGAGAAAAUUCAGAUGACCCUCUGCCGAUCCACAAAGCAAAUAAAACACCUUCUAUCUCUGAUUUACCUAACCCUAUUUUAGAAAAUGAUGAAAAUAUAAAUACUAUUGAUGGUGACCUUGCUCAAGGAGAUACAAUAUUAAAAAAAGGGUUCAAUGUCCUCUUGGUAGAAGAUGAUGAAGUAUCAAUCCAGUUAUGUUCUAAAUUUUUAAUUAAAUAUGGCUGUACGGUUCAAGUGGUUACUGAUGGGCUAGCCGCAAUUUCAACAUUAGAAAAAUACAGAUUUGACUUAGUUCUAAUGGAUAUAGUGAUGCCAAAUUUAGAUGGUGCAACUGCAACAUCGAUAAUUAGAAACUUCGACAAUGAGACGCCUAUAAUUGCUAUGACGGGUAGCAUAGAGCAUCAAGAUUUGAUUACAUACUUACAACAUGGUAUGAAUGAUAUCUUAGCCAAGCCAUUUACCAGAAGAGAUCUGUAUUCCAUGCUAACUAGGUAUUUAAAGAACAGAGUACCAUUAUCUCAACAAGUAAAUAUACCUGCGGAUGUAGUGCACAAACAACUUAAACCUGGAUCCUCAAAUUUAGAAUCUCCUCUGAUACUAGAUGAUAUGCCUCCGUUAAAGAAGUCUAAAAUUUGA